UUUGCUAUGUGUGGGAACAAAAUAGUGAAAUCCACAGAGCGCGCGUGAUUUUUUCCAUGGCCACUCUCAUUCUCAACACUUCCACUCCCUCCCAAUUCACCUUCCAACCUAAUACAAUUCCAAACCCUAAUUUCAUUUCUCUCAAUCUCAAUUUCAACAAACGCUCAUCACGUUCCACCUCUUCCCUUCGCGCAACACACCAAGAUUCCAACCCUCAAAAUCCACAAGAUGCCGAGGUCGACAAUUUGGGAGUUAAAGCUGCUCUUUCCAUCUUGAGAUUCUACAAAAGGGAAAUUUCGCCAAUCUUGCCGAGGAGCUGUCGUUACGUUCCAACUUGCAGUGAGUAUUCCAUGGAGGCAUAUAAGAGGUACGGUGUUUUGAAGGGUACAACUUUGACUGUGUGGCGUCUGUGUCGUUGCAAUCCUCUUGGUGGGUCUGGAUAUGAUCCUCCAAGAUGGUUUGGUGAGAUUAGACAAGGGGAAGAACUUGACGAUUGAUUAAUUUCUAGUGGCAUAUUUUGAAUCGGUAAGCACUGCAAACUGAGCAUUUUAUAAACUGAAGUUACUUGAUGUGCUAAUACUGAGGGCUCUUAGGUGUUUUUCCAUCUGGUUUCUUGUGUUACUUUGUAACAAUGCAAAAGAAGAUUUGUUCUUGGAUCUUACCACAUCAGAGAAAUUAGAUCAGGAAGAACCAUAGCUGAGAUUAGAAUAUUGUUGACGAUGAUCAAAUUAAAUGUAUUUCAUAUUUGUACUGCAAAAGAAAAUACGGUAUGAAACAGUAAACAUAUUUUUUCAUCUUUUAA